CUUAUAAACGCUGAGUUUGACAGAGGAGGACGACGAGGAAAAGUCUCACUUUUGACUGGAUAUAAAAACAGACAGGGUCAUUUCCACUAGCUCGAGCUGCUGGAGACAGAAACUCAGUUUCACAUGGGAGACAGCAAACUUCAGAUCUUCCUGAAGUUCCUGUCGAGAUGAGGAGGGAAUAAAGAUGGAGAUUUGAGACGAUCACCCAUGAACCCACCUGGUAGCAGAGCACCACUCACAGAGCACAGACAGAAUCUGUUUGAAGGCAACACGUCACAAUGACAGUGAAUAUCAACCAAUCAUCAUUAAGCUCCUGCUAAACACUGUAAUGUUCCUGUGACUCUGCAGAGAAAUCACAUGGAGGAACCACAAAUCAAAAAUCCCCACAAGGACAUGUUGAAUUUAAAAUUGAACAAAAGCACUAUUGGAGAUAAAUGCUGGUUUUGCUAAGACUCUGUCUGGAACCCAUUAGAAAAGUGGAAAACGUUUGUCUGAGCCAAUCAGGAAGCAGCGAUGGUGACAGUUGAGGAUCUGCUUUUGAAAACCCUGGAGAUGCUGGAACGUGAUGAUUUUAAGGCCUUCAAGUGGCACCUGCAGCAGGAGAAGCCGGAGGUCUACAGCGGCUUCGGCCCGAUCCCGCGGUACAAGCUGGAGGAGGCGGACCGGAUGGAAACAGUGACGCUGAUGGUGCAGACAUACUCCCAUCACGCCGUGGAGCUGGUCGAGACGGUUUUAGGGAAGAUGAGCAUGUAUGACCUGGCCCAGAAGCUGUCAGACAGGAGCUCAGAACUAAAAGACACAGGAGCUUCCUCAAUCACAUCGUGGGAUCCUCUUCUUCCUCGCAGCAGCAGACCUGAAGAUGUGGCGAUGCACGAGCUUCAGCCUCUAGAGAAACCGAUCGAACAGUUUCAACGUACGAUGCAGACGCAUUUCAGGAGCAGGUUCAUGUGGGUUCAAGAGGGUAUGGCCGAGAAGACAGAAGAGCAGUGCCUGAAGGACAUCUUCAUAGAGCUGUACAUCACAGACGGGGGGGAAAUGCGCAUCAACGAACAGCAUGAGAUCAUGCUGACCAGGAACUCCAGGACGGCAGCGGUGCUACCCAUCAACCCCAGUGACAUAUUCAAGAGUCCCAAAGGUAAACCAUUAAGAACAGUGCUGACGACUGGAGUUGCAGGAAUUGGCAAAACAAUCCUCGUGAAAAAGUUUGUGUUGGACUGGGUCGAGGGAAGGAAAAAUCAAGAUGUGCAUCUGAUAUUCCCCUUUAGCUUCAGUGAACUGAAUCAACUGAAGGGAAAACGGUUCAGCCUGGCAAAGCUGAUUCAUGAGAGCAUCUGGGAAACCAGAGACAUCACCGACGAACAUCUGAACCUUAUCUUUUCUAAACUACAGGCGUCAGGAAACUGCGACUUUAACAACAGUCGAUAUAAACUUCUGUUUGUGUUGGACGGAUUGGAUGAAAGCCGCCUUCAGAUGGAUUUGAUGCGACGUGAACCUCAGCCACUUGAUUUUGAUGUGACACAGUCAAUGUCAGUGGAGGUUCUGCUGACUGCCCUGAUCAGUGGGAACCUGCUUCCCUCUGCCCGGGUGUGGAUAACCACACGACCUGCAGCCGCCAGUCAGAUCCAUCGGGAUUUUAUCAAAAGAAUGACCGUGGUGAGAGGAUUCACUGACCCACAGAAGGAGGAGUACUUCAAGAAGAAAUUCCCCGAUGAGGUACAAGGCAGCAGAAUCAUCGCCCACAUCAAGGCUUCACGAAGCCUGUUCAUCAUGUGUCACAUCCCAGUUUUCUGCUGGAUCACUUCCACAGUUUUGCAGGAUGUUUUGAAAAGCAAAGCGAACUUAGAUCUGCCCACAACGUUGACGGAGAUGUACACAGAAUUCCUGCUAUAUCAAAUCACGCUGACAGGAGAGAGGUGUGGCACAACAAAGAGCAUCAGGUACAUCAAGUCCUUAGCAAAACUAGCAUUCAACCGUUUGGAGAAGGGCAACCUCUUCUACGAGUCAGAUCUGAAGGACAGCGGCAUUAAUUCACUCAAAGUGUCACAGAAUGCUGGAGUGUUCACAGAGGUCUUUAAAGAGGUGCGUAAAUGGAAGGACAACGAUAAGAGGAAGAUGUACCGCUUUGUCCAUCUGACCCUUCAGGAGUAUCUGGCUGCCCUGCAUGUUGUGAUGUCACUCAUUAACGACAACAAGAACGUACUGUCGGAGAAGAAGCUGAAACUGGGAGAUCUGUGUACGCUAUGCAGGAGAAAACCCAUAACUGAGGUCCACGAGAUUGCAAUUGAGAAAGCGCUGAGUUCAAAUGGGCAGCUGGACUUGUUUCUACGCUUCCUCCUGGGUCUUUCCCUUCAGACCAAUCAGGAUCUUCUAAAGCGUCUGUUGAAUACGUCCGAAGGGUUCCCUCAGACCGACCAUCAACCCACGAUCCAGUCCAUCAAGGAGAGGAUAAGGGAAAAUACAUCCCCAGAAAGGAGCAUCAAUCUAUUCCACUGUCUUAAUGAGUUGAAAGACGAUGCCUUGGUGAAUGAGAUCCAGCAGAGCCAGAGUUCAGAAAGUGUGUCUGAUAGAAAUUUUUCUCCUGCUCAAGGAAAACAGAAAACUUCAGAAGCAGCGAUGGUGAUGGUUGUGAAACUGCUCUUGGAAACCCUGGAGAGGCUGACAAAUGAAGAUUUUGAGGCCUUCCGGUGGCACCUGCAGCUGCUGGGGAUCUACAGCGACUUCACCCAGAUCCCGUGGUACAAGCUGCAAAAGGCGGAACGGAUGGAAACAGUGACGCUGAUGGUGCAGACAUACUCCCAUCAGGCCGUGGAGCUGGCCAAGAUGGUUUUAGGGAAGAUGAACAUGAAUGAACUGGUCCAGAAACUGUCAGACAGGACCAUUCAGGAAGCAGCGAUGGUGACGAGUGAGGAACUGCUCUUGGAAACCCUGGAGAUGCUGGUACGUGAUGAUUUUAAGGCCUUCAAGUGGCACCUGCUGCUGCCGGGGAUCUACAGCGGCUGCACCCCGAUCCCGCGGUACAAGCUGCAGAAGGCGGACCGGAUGGAAACAGUGACGCUGAUGGUGCAGACAUACUCCCAUCACGCCGUGGAGCUGGCCAAGAUGGUUUUAGAGAAGAUGAGCAUGUAUGACCUGGCCCAGAAGCUGUCAGACAGGAGCUCAGAACUAAAAGAUGUGGAGAUGCAGGAGCUUCAGCCUCUAGAGAAACUGAUCGAACCGUUUCAACGCACGAUGCAGACGCAUUUCCAGAGCAGGUUCAUGUGUGUUCAAGAGGGUAUGGCCGAGAAGACAGAAGAGCAGUGCCUGAAGGACAUCUUCAUAGAGCUGUACAUCACAGAAGGGGGGGAAAUGCACAUCAACGAACAGCACGAGAUCAUGCUGACCAGGAACUCCAGGACGGCAGCGGUGCUACCCAUCGACCCCAGUGACAUAUUCAAGAGUCCCAUAGGUAAACCAUUAAGCACAGUGCUGACGACUGGAGUUGCAGGAAUUGGCAAAACGUUCCUCGUGAAAAAGUUUGUGUUGGACUGGGCCGAGGGAAGGAAAAAUCAAGAUGUGCAUCUGAUAUUCCCCUUUAGCUUCAGUGAACUGAAUCAACUGAAGGGGGAAAGGUUCAGCCUGGCAAAGCUGAUUCAUCGAAGUAUCUGGGAAACCAAAGACAUCACCGACGAACAUCUGAACCUUAUCUUUGCUAAACUACAGGCGUCAGGAAACUGCGACUUUAACAAAAGUCAAUAUAAACUUCUGUUUGUGUUGGACGGAUUGGAUGAAAGCCGCCUUCAGAUGGAUUUGACGCGACGUGAACCUCAGCCACUUGAUUUUGAUGUGACACAGUCGAUGUCAGUGGAGGUUCUUCUGACUGCCCUGAUCAGUGGGAACCUGCUUCCCUCUGCCCGGGUGUGGAUAACCACACGACCUGCAGCCGCCAGUCAGAUCCAUCGGGAUUUUAUCAAAAGAAUGACCGUGGUGAGAGGAUUCACUGACCCACAGAAGGUGGAGUACUUCAAGAAGAAAUUCCCCGAACAAGGCAGCAGAAUCAUCGCCCACAUCAAGGCGUCACGAAGCCUGUUCAUCAUGUGUCACAUCCCAGUUUUCUGUUGGAUCACUUCCACAGUUUUGCAGGAGGUUUUGAAAAGCUCGAACUUAGAUCUGCCAACAACGUUGACGGAGAUGUACACAGUAUUCCUGCUGUAUCAAAUCACGCUGACAGGAGAGAGGUGUGGCACAACAAAGAGCAUCAGGUACAUCAAGUCCUUAGCAAAACUAGCAUUUGACCGUUUGGAGAAGGGCAACCUCUUCUACGAGACAGAUCUGAAAGACAGUAGCAUUAAUUUACGCAAAGUGUCACGGAACGCUGGAGUGUUCACAGAAGUCUUUAAUGAGGUGCACAAGUGGAAGGACAACGGUAAGGAGAAGAUGUACCGCUUUGUCCAUCUGACCCUUCAGGAGUAUCUGGCUGCCCUGCAUGUUGUGAUGUCACUCAUUAACAACAACAAGAACGUACUGUCGGAGCAGAAGAGAAAACCCAUAACUGAGGUCCACGAGAUUGCAAUUGAGAAAGCGCUGAGUUCAAAUGGGCAUCUGGACUUGUUCCUACGCUUCCUCCUGGGUCUUUCCCUGCCGACCAAUCAGGAUCUUCUAAAGCGUCUGCUGAAUACGUCCAGAGGGUUCCCUCAGACUGACCAUCAAUCCACGAUCCAGUCCAUCAAGGAGAGGAUAAGGGACAAUACAUCCCCAGAGAGGAGCAUCAAUCUAUUCCACUGUCUUAAUGAGUUGAAAGACGAUGCCUUGGUGAAGGAGAUCCAACAGAACCUGAGUUCAGGAAGUCUGUCUGCAAGCAAUCUGUCUCCUGCUCACUGGUCGGCACUGGUCUUCAUCCUCCUGUCAUCGGAAGACACGCUGGAGGUGUUUGAAUUGAAGAAAUACUGUCCUUCAGAGGAAGGUCUCCUCAGGCUGAUACCAGUGGUCAAGGCCUCCAACAAAUCACUGCUGAGUAGCUGCAGUCUAUCGGAAAACAUCUGUGAAGAACUGGGUUCGGUUCUCAGCUCCGACUCGUCUAAGCUGAGGGAGCUGGACCUGAGUGACAACGACCUGCAGGAUUCAGGAGUGAACCAUCUCUGUGUUGGACUGGAGAGUCCAAACUGUGUCCUGCAGAGUCUCAGGCUGAGUAGCUGCAAUCUAUCGAACAAAAUCUGUAAAGAACUGGGUUCGGUUCUCAGCUCCGACUCGUGUAAGCUGAGGGAGCUGGACCUGAGUUACAACAACCUAAAGAAUUCAGGAGUGAAGCUGCUUUGUGUUGGACUGGAGAGUCCAAACUGUGUCCUGCAGAGUCUCAGGCUGAGUAGCUGCAAUCUAUCAGACAAAAUCUGUGAAGCUCUGGGUUCGGUUCUCAGCUCCGACUCGUCUAAGCUGAGGGAGCUGGACCUGAGUAACAACGACCUGCAGGAUUCAGGAGUGAAGCUGCUUUGUGUUGGACUGGAGAGUCCAAACUGUGUCCUACAGAGUCUCAGGCUGUCAGGCUGUAUGGUCUCUGAGAAAGGCUGCACCUCCCUGGCCUCGGCCCUGAGGACCAGCCACUCCAGCCUGAAAGAGUUGGACCUGAGCUUCAAUCAUCCCAGAGACUCGGGGGUGAAGGUGCUGACCGCUCUACUGAAGGAUCCAAACUAUCCACUGGAAACUCUCACCCUCGAGUUUUGUGGUGAGCAGAGACUGAAGCCUGGAUUCAAGAAAUACGUCUGUGAACUCGUCCUGGAUGAAAACACGGCUCAGGAAAAUCUCCAGCUCUCCGACAACUGCAGGACAGCGGCCGCCGUAAAGGAGAAGCAGCCGUACCGUCCCCACCUGGAGAGAUUCGACUGCUGGCUGCAGGUGCUGGGCAGCACUGGACUGACUGGUCGUUGUUACUGGGAGGUCAAGUGGAAAGGCCAGGUUUACAUUGCAGUGACGUACAAAGGAAUCAUACGGAAAGGAAGGGACUUCAGCGGUCUUGGUUCGAACCACCACUCCUGGACGCUUCUGUGUAAGAGUAACGGUGUCUACUCUGUCAAGCACGAAAACAAGACUACUCACCUUCAGCCUCAGUUCUCUCCGGCCUCGGACAGAGUGGCGGUCUUCCUGGACUUUCAGGCCGGCAUUCUGUCCUUCUACAAAGUGACCUCUGAGGCACUGAUCCAUCUCCACACGUUCAAUUCCACGUUCACGGAGCCUCUGUACCCCGCAUUCGGGUUUUGGUUCAAUUAUCGAUUUGUGAAAGCUGGGUCGUCAGUGUCUUUGUGUGAGAUGGAAGACAUCAUCGACUUCUCUGUCUGCUGA